AUGGCAUUCACUUACCGUGACCUUUGCACCAUUGGGUCUGCUCUGAUCCUCAUUGGGACUUCCUUUACAAUGGGAGUGUUUUUUGCCAAUCAAACGUACGACUACCACCUUUUAUUCAAUCCAGAUGUGACAGAAGCUCACUUUGAGAACGCUCUACGCCAUUAUCAAACUUUGUUCUACACUCAUCCAAAAGUGCUGUAUGCCUUCGGCUUUGUGGUGUCUUUAGGCCUUAUUGGAUCGCUAAUCAGAGUUUAUAAGCCAAACCCAGAUAUCCAACUUUUCGAAUAUGGCUCUUUGGGUAUGUAUGUUUUGGGCGUCUGUGUCUUUAUCACCAAUAUCAAAACUGGUAUCGAGUCUGCUAAGUACCGCAACUGGGGUGAGGUUACUGAAAACCAAGGCCUAGCUGUGAUUGCAUCGUCUAACAUUAUUCUAUUGUUAGUCUUUGUCGGUGUCUUAGUCUUGCAAGCUGGUCUAUGGUACACUGACUGGGAGUACCAACAAAGAUUAAAAGAGUUUUACGCCGCCGAAGAGACGGAGAAAACCUCUAAAACUCAGAAAGGUGAGAAGGCUGAUAGCGCUCAAUCCAAGAAGAAGAAAUAA